GCAGAAUUCAGUCUGCCACCCACUCGGGAGGGCUCCUCCUCCCAUCCGCUGGGCUGAGACACUGGCCACAGAGAAGGGGCAAUUCCACUCCGGUGUAGGCCCUGAUGCAAGAUGGCAUCAAAGAAGCUGCGUGUGGCAGUGAUCGGGGCAGGAGCAGCAGGGCUGUGUGCUGCCCGCCACAUCCUCACCUACUCCGACGCUUUCCUUCCUCCAGUGGUGUUUGAGGCCUCAGACCAACUGGGGGGCACCUGGGUUUACACUGAGGAGACUGGGGAAGACUCUGAGGGAUGGCCCAUCCAUUCCAGCAUGUACCAUGAUCUCAGGACCAACCUCCCCAAAGAAGUUAUGGCCUUUCCAGAUUUCCCCUUCGAUCCAUCGCUGCCAUCUUUCUUGCAUCACUCAGAUGUGCUGGCCUACCUGAAAAGCUACGCAGAGCAAUCUGGCAUCCUGGAACAUGUCCAGUUCAGGUGGCAGGUGGAUGACGUGAGGCCUGUGCUGGGGGACCAGGGCACUGCAAGCGGCUGGGACGUCAAAGCAAGAAUGCGGAGAUCAGGAUCAAUGCAGCACAUCUCAGAACAUUUUGAUGCCAUCAUGGUCUGUACUGGCCAUUACGCUGUCCCAUUCAUACCACCCAUCCGUGGCCUGGACAGCUUCCAAGGCUGCCUCCUGCAUAGCCACUGCUACCGCCACCCAGAGCCCUUUGCGGGCCUGACAGUGGUGCUGCUGGGUGCUGGUGCAUCAGGUGUCGACCUGGCGCUGCAGCUGUCUCCCGUGGCUGCUCGUGUGGUGCUGAGCCAUCAGGGGCCACCUGUGUGCGGGUUGCCCAAAGAUGUCAUACAGGUGCCCCGGAUCUUGAAGGUGGAAAAGGAGAUGGUGGUGUUUGAGGACGGCUCAGCACUGCAGCCUGAUGCCUUGAUUCUCUGCACUGGCUACCGGUACCGCUUUCCCUUCUUGUCCUUGGCCCAGUUGGGCUUACAGGAGACAGACUACGGGGUGGGGCCCCUGUACCGCCACUUGCUCGCCCCCCGAUAUUCUUCCCUGUUCUUUAUCGGCCUCUGCCAGCAAAUCUGCCCCUUCCCACACUUCCACUGCCAGGUGCUGUUUGCGCUGGCCGUGCUCCGAGGCCGCUGCCCCCUUCCUCCUGCAGCUGAGAUGGAGGCUGAUGCCCAGGGACAGCUGGACCGAUACCUGAGGGAGGGGGGGCUAGUGCGGCACUUCCUGAGGCUCAAGGCUCAGCAGUGGAGCUACGCGGAUGAACUGGCCCAGCUGGCAGGCUUCCCACCUUUACUGCCUGCAGUCCGAGAGAUCUACGAAGCGACACGUGCCAGACGGCUCCACAACGUGGGCACCUAUCGUGGCAUGAAAUUCCGGCUGUUAGGCCCUGAUGCUUGGGAAGAGGUGUGGGAUUCUGGCCGAGACUCAGAAGGUGAUGGAAGUGCAGAGUGAAGGUCUUCUGCUAUGGAUGCUGGGAUUUCUGCACCCUCUGUAGGGGAGAGAGGACUUCUUUGCGACUUCCCUCAGUGCCUGACUCUGGCCAUAAAGGGAGCUGGACUGAGAAGAAUGAAGUUGAAAGAGAAAACAGUAACAAGUCUGGCAGUCUCUUAGAGGCUGACAAAUGCACCACGUCAGCAGGCAUUUGUGUGGGCAAAAGUGUGAAACAGACAAAGAGCAAGGGAGAUAUAUAUAUAUAUAUCUGUGUGUAGGUGUGGGGAGAUCUGUUUUACUGGGUGAGUUUAGAAGAUAAAUGAAUAGGUCCUGAUAAUAGCACUUUUGCAGAUCAGAAUUAACAAGGUCCUGAUUAAGAGUCCAGGGACAAGCAACACAAGCUGUCUUUAAUUUGCACAUCAGACAGAUGACUGUUCAUAACAAUCUAGCCCAGGGGUGUUGAAUUCAUGUGCUAUGAGGGCCGGAUCUGACAUAAAUUGGACUUUGUGGGGCCAGGCCAUGCAUAUCAGUAUGCGUAUGAGAGAGCCAGUUUGGCGUAGUGGUUAAGUGUGCGGACUCUUAUCUGGGAGAACCAGGUUUGAUUCCCCACUCCUCCAUUUGCACCUGCUGGAAUGGCCUUGGGUCAGCCAUAGCUCUGGCAGAGGUUGUCUUGAAAGGGCAGCUGCUGUGAGAGUCCUCUCAGACCCACCUCACAGGGUGUCUGUUGUAGGGGAGGGUGAUAAAGGAGAUUGUGAGCCGCUCUGAGACUCUUGAGUGGAGGGCGGAAUGUAAAUCCAAUGUAUCAUAAAAUAUAAUGCCAGGUAGUGGAAAUAUAAACUUUAUAAAGGAUACAGAGCAACACAAUUAGGGAUAUUAUUUUUUACUUAAAACAUGAACAUGCUUAAAACUCUUGCGAUGCUUGUUUAAAAUGGAAAGGUGGGGGAAUAGUGGGAUUUGGCAAUGCAAUUUUAAAAAGAAAUCAUCAAGAAAAAGCACAAGAAUCACAGCAGAAACUAAAAAUAUAAACCAAAAAUAUAAAAUGCUCUGGGCUUAGGAAAACAUGAAAUGGCUGGGCAUUGCAAGUUUCUCCCCCUGCUCCCAGGUCUACUCAGCUUGGCAAUGGCUCUUAAGUGUAACAUCCCCUUUUGGCUGUGGGUUCCCAGAUUAGAAUACUCACUGGGCAUCAGUUCCAUUCAGCAGAGACAUUCUGGCUUAAAGCAUCAGCCCUUUUUAAACAACUCCAGCAAGGAGAAGCUUCUAACUGGGCAUAUAAACACUGAAAAGUGAAACAGAGCUCCACUCCUAUGAAAUACAUUGCAGCACAGACAAAGCUGCAAGGAAAACACGCAAUGGAUUUUCCAUUAAGGUCUCUGUGCCCAGAUAGACUACUCCCAGAGACCUUAAUGGAAGGUCCAUUCUGCAUUUUCUUUGCAGCUUUGCAAGCCCAGAAUUGUUUCCUGCUUCAGCCUGCAAAGACAAGGAAGAAGGAGCUGGGAACUUUGGCAGUCUUGGAUCUUCAAAAGAUGACGAUAGGAGGGGAGAGAAAAGAGUCCCACAGGCCUGAUUAAAGCUCUGGGUGGGCCAGGCAUUUGCUGCCCUGAGCCUGCUUUGGUGGGAGGGUGGGAUAUAAAUAAAUAAAUUUCACACUCCUGAUCUAGCCAACCCUGCACUGUUUCAGGCAGAUCAAGAAUCUUAUCUAGAUCUUUUUAUUUACUUACUACGUUUAUAUCUUGUUUUCUUUCCAGUGGGGGGCUCAGUAUAGCUUACGACAUUCUUCCCCUCUCCAUUUGGUUCUCACAGCAAUGUUUAAGGUAGAUCAGGCUGAGAGUGUGACAGGCACAGGGUCAUCCAACAAGCUUUCACGGCAGUGAGGAUUUGAACUCCGGUCUCUCCGGUCUUAGACAUGAUACUGGGUCUUAGUCCAAGGGUCUGUCUAGUCUAGCAUACUGCUUUGCACAGUGAUCCGUUUGAUGCCUCUGGAAAGCCCUCCAGCAGAACAUGAAGGCAGUGUCCCUUCCCCAUUGAUAAUACCUACCCUUCUGUAACUGGCCUUGAGAGAUAGACUGCCUUUGAACAAUGAGGUUCCAUUUAGCUAUCCACAAAUUUGUCUAAUUUCCCCUUAAAGUCAUUGACUAUCACCACACCUAGUGGCUGGGAAUUCCAGACGAUAAUUAGGUGUUCUGUGGAGAAAUACUUCACUGUUGUCUGUUUUGAACCAGUGGGACAGCCCCAAGAGCUAGUAUUAUGGGAGCAAGUUUUCCACCUGUCAGGGAAGUCCCAUUCUACCUUCUUUCCUGAUCGCCUGCUAACGAGAAUGGGUGACCUUGUGAGAGAUCCAGGGAACCUAGGGAUUCUAGGAAGGUGCCAUUAGGACUUAUGAACUGCAGUGUUUUCCACAUAGGAACAGGCUUGUAUCCUUGUCAAGGUCCAUUCUUUCGGGGAGAUCUGGAAGUUCAAGAUCUGGGACUCCCAGCUAGUUGUAGUUGCCCAGUCGCCAUAAACAAAUCAGCCUGUUUCCACAGAGGAAUUAUUCUUCAACAGAAAAAACCCACAGAAAAUAAAGAGGGAAAGGACUCCAAA